AAUUUGAAUGUAUUUGUCUCAAGGCAACAUUGAUGAGGGGUUAUAAAAUUUUAAUUUCUAAAGCCCCAAAACAAGCUUUCAGAUUGUUUUUCAUAUUUUGAUUGAAACGCGAAAUUGGUCCCAGAAAUGUACUUCAUGCUAGUAUUUUCUUUGUCUUCAGACUUUAACAUGCCACAUGGUUUUGUAGUGUCUGUGUACCUCUAUACAGGCUGCAGGAUGGCUGUGUCACUGGUUCAGGGAGCUAGCAGAGGCCUGGGUCUACAGUUCUGUAAACACCUCCUGGCAUCCCCUUACAUGUCUGCAGUGAUAGCAACUUGUCGAUCUCCAGAGUCUGCCACAGAGCUACAGCAGUUGAAAUCUGACCACAGGAACAGUCUGAUAGUGGAAAAACUUGAUGUGAGAAAUGUGGAUGAUAUGAUGUCAGUUUCUGAAAAUGUCAGGAAUAAAUUUGGUGGUCUGGACUUGUUGAUAAACUCGGCAGGCAUUUUGCAUCCUGCUGGAAAAGGAGAGACAAGCUUGAAAGACGUGCUGUUUGAGGAUUUACAGCUUACAAUGGGAACAAAUGCUUUUGGGCCAUUACUAAUGGGCAAGUACUUCAGCACCUUGCUGCAGAAUGGCAGAGGUUUGAUUGGUCAUUCUGACAAGGGUCACAAGGGAGUGAUGGUGAACAUCUCAGCCAGAGUUGGCUCAAUUCAGGAUAAUGCUUUAGGAGGAUGGUACGGUUACAGACUGUCUAAAGCAGCCCUCAAUAUGGCCACAAAGACCUUGAGUAUUGAGCUAGGGCGUGGGCGAAAUAAGGUUAUUUGUGUUAGCCUACAUCCUGGCACUGUAAACACGGAGCUCUCCAGACGAUACCAUAAGGGGGUGCCCAAGGACAAACUCUUCUCAGCAGAACACUCUGUUGCCUUGUUGAUGGAUGUAAUUAAUACUUUACAAGUAAAGGAUUCUGGAAAAUUUUUUGAUUAUGCCAGGAAAGAAAUUCCAUUCUGAAUUCCAUAAAUUAAAAUCAUCGGUAAAUAAUUAGUUAGAUUUGAAGAAAUGUGUAAUUCCAUUCUCAGCACUGAUCUUGCUUUCUGCAUCUCUCUAUUUGUCUCACUUAUUCACAGAGAGGUUAUAUGUUUGUUUUCAUUGAAUUAAUUCUAAGUUGUCUUUCUGACUAAAUAUCUUGUACCAGUACACUUAAACCAUUGAAGGUCAUGUCAACAAGGUCUAUUAGUGGAAAGACCACUUCAAGUUGAAGAACACAAACAAUGAAUAACUCCUCAGCCGAUAAUUUAUCUUAAACUAACUUAUGUUUUGUGGAAUUUAUUUUACAAGCGUUAAAAGCUAGGGAUAGAUUCUUUGUGUGCAUGAGGGCACAUUUGACUAGUAAAUUUCUCAAGCAUUUCUUCUGUCACUGAAAAUGUAAGUAGAACAUGGCAUCAAAUAUUACAAGUAAGGGUUAUAAAAUUCUUAUUACAAAACUGAUACUCAUAUUUUUUAAAAAGAUUUCACUGUAAAUUGUAGAGAAAAUGCUUGAGAAGUUACUUAUUGUAUUUGAUUAGAUAUAUUUUACUACAAACAGAAAAAUGUAUAAUUAGGGCUAUAUAUUUCCAUGUUGCUUUAUUUCCUUUGUAAGAUUGGGCAUUAUUUAUCAUGUAUAUGUAAUUUGUUAUUGCAAACAUUGGCUCAAUCAUUCCAUUGAAACGUAUUUGAUUAAAGCUUGUUUUUUGCUGCCAUGUGUACAAUUUUGUAUUAAAUGGCGCAUUGUAUGAUUCUUGUUUUUGUUAAUAAAAUGUACCUAGCGAUGAAAAUGCAGC